UUGAGCCAGUGUAAAUACCGGAUACCAGUUUCCAUCGUCGAGGGUCUGCGUGGUUGUCGCCGCGCACGCGCGGGAGAUUUUUAUCUGUGCGACAGCGCGGUCACGUCGCCAUAGCGCACACCCCACGUCAACGGAAUGGCCAGAAUCGAGGUGAUUACAGCCGCAUCGACGUCCGAGGGCACCUCUCACGGAUCAUCGAUCCCGCGACUUCCUGUGGAUGUCUGUGAACGGAUCAUCGACUACAUCGCUGCGGGAUGGAAUAUGGAUUAUCUUAUUGCAAAGGGCGAGCCACAUCUGACCGCUCUCACAUCCUGCGCGCUCGUAUGCCAAGACUGGUACUACCUGACGUGGUACCAUCUUCGUCAACACAUCCAUCUACGAGACCGGAAGGACGUCCUCUCGCUCUCGAAGACACUCCGCGCAAAGCCUCGCCUCCGUGAGGUCAUUCAGCAGGUCGUCAUAUCGGGUGCUUCUCCCGAGAAACGUCAACCGCUCCGACACCUGGGGACGUUUGUUGCUAUGCUCGCGGGCAAGGUUCCGAGAUUGUCGAGGAUCACCAUUGAAGAUGCUGAGUGGACCACCGGCUCGGUCCGAAUGGAAGACAUCGGCUUGCUAGGGGUAUUCAGCAACAUCGACGCUCUAGACCUCUCCCAUGUCACCUUGUCGAGCGUCGCCCAGCUGUCCCACCUCGUUUCAGCACUCCCGCGGCUUAGAUAUGUAUGGUGCUUCGGUGUUGAUUGCUUGCAGAAACAGCACGUCUCCCCGGCCUCUCUCCCCCUGAACUGUGCAAAUCUGGAGCAUCUCGACGUGCGAUGGGUUGCACCAGUAGUCGAAGACGUCUUUGUGCACAUCAGCCGGGCUUCUCGAGUGCGCAUUCUCGAACUUGGGGUGCCCAACGAGGUGAAUGCAUCCUCGGCAGCCAGCAGAAGCCAGACUAUGCUGGAUGCGAGUUCCACGUCUGCAGAAUUAGUUCAGCUCCAUAUUGCCCUCAGUUCUCCUGUUCGUGAUGAUGCAAUUGAUGCCACAGUCGGCAGGUUUUCCUACUUAUCUCUUGAGCCACUUCGCUGA